UAUCUAACUUUUUAAAAUUCUAAAAGCCACAAUACCCUUUUUCCUUAUUAUUUCAAUCCCUUCAUAUUCACAUUCACAGUGAUAGAAAGAGAGAGAAAGGUCUCUGUUUCUUCACUUGUUCACAAGCCGCAACUGCUACUGUGUAACCAAUCUGAAGCCGACGAGAUGGGGGGCGAGAAUCUUUCACCCAAGGAAAGGAGUAGAGAUUGGGUUGGAGUUCUUAUGAACAGCACCUUUGGUUAUUGUGAUUACCACCAUGACCUUCGAUCUAAUGAGAAGAACGUGUUCUGCGUCGACUGUGCACUUAGGAUGUGUAGGCACUGUAAGGAAGCUCAUUCCCUACAUAGAAGGUUUCAGAUUUACAAAUAUUCCUAUCAGGAUGUCUUCCGCCAUGCCGAACUGCAGAAGUAUUUUGACUGCUCUAAAAUUCAGACUUAUAUAUCCAAUAAUGAAAGGAUUGUGCACCUCAAACCUCGGCCUUCAAUCAACAACAAAUCUAAAUCUGAUCUAAGUCCUGAGUCUAAAUCCAAAGAACCAAGCAUAAGACCGAAAACUGGAGGCAAGUGUGAAGAAUGUGGAAAACACUUGCAAGAUGAACGUAACCGUUUCUGCUCCAUUACAUGCAAGAUCGCAGUGCUUCCAGUGGAGACUGAAAACCAAAGUGGUAGAAGCAUGCUCACUCCAAAAUCUGAAGGCAUUGACUUCACAAUGAAUGAUAAUCAUAAUUCAGAACCUGAGUCAUCUAUCUCUGAAGCUGAGCCAUAUGGGUGGGUUGAAGUGGUGAAUUUCAGAAAGCGUCCAAGGAAAAGUACGCCUCAGAGGCCAGUCUUCGUUUUCACUUCAUAGAAGAUAUCACUACUCUUGUGGUUUUCUUCAUUUCUUCUCCUAUUUGUUUUUAAUUUUCCAUUUUUGAAGAAUAAUAUUUCUUGAACAUUUGAGGGAAGCUCAACCCCGUUGUGCCCCAUAUUGGGAUUAAAGUAUAUAACAUGGGAGUUUGAGGUUCAGUUGCCAUUAGCAAAGUAACUAGCCCAGCUUGUACAGGACAAGGGUAAUAUUCUACUAACACUCUUCGGAAUACUACUACUUUCUGCAGA